CCGGGCGGCUCGCGCGGGAGGAAGGAGGCGUGCGUGCGGCGGAGCCGGUGCGCGGGGCGACGGGCGAGUUCGGGCUUCCAGCCCCGGGCCGGCCGGGGCCAUGGACGGCCUGCGCGAGCGGUUAGAGCGCCUUCUGGAACAGAGGAACCCGGUCACCGACGCGCUUCAGGCGCUCGAAGCCAGGACGGGGAUCGAGAAGCGCUACCUGGCCGCAGGAGCCGGCACUCUGCUAAGCCUCUAUCUUCUGUUUGGCUACGGAGCUUCUCUGCUGUGCAAUGUCAUCGGAUUUGCAUACCCCGCAUAUGCCUCAAUCAAAGCCAUCGAAAGCCCCAGCAAAGAAGACGACACUGUGUGGCUGACCUACUGGGUAGUGUACGCCCUGUUCGGGCUGGUCGAGUUCUUCAGCGACCUACUCCUGUUCUGGUUCCCUUUCUACUACGUGGGAAAGUGCGCCUUCCUGUUGUUCUGCAUGAUGCCGGGGCCGUGGAACGGAGCUCUCAUGCUAUACCACCGCGUCGUGCGGCCACUGUUUCUAAAACAUCACACAGCCGUGGACAGCGUCCUCAGCAACCUCAGCGGUCGAGCCCUGGACACAGCAGCCGGAAUAACCAGGGGCGUCCUGCAGGCCCUGGCCCGCAGCCGGGCUCACAUCGCCCCAGCGGCUGUGGCCGGGCCCUCGGCUGCCCUUGAAGCCGACCAGGGGGAAGUCAAGGCAAGCCAGGCCCCACUGCAGAAGGACAAGUGAAGACGACCCCCAGCACUGCCCAGGACCUGCCGGCCGGCGAGAAGGGGGGCACAU